CCAAACAGAUCCCUACCGUGUGAGGCCAGAGCAAAGCUGCAGAAGCUAGUUUUAGGAACAGCAGAACGCCCACCCUCGGGUCGGGUCCACCUUCUCUCGUCAUUUGCUGCCAAAUCUGUGUACUCUUUCCUUCAAUUAUUAUAUUAUAAUAAUAAAUACAAUUGCAAUAUAUACAUAUAACCAUUCUCAUCGCUUACUCACUCGAAUCACACAUAUAAUUACCUUCUUUUUUUCUUUUUUCUCCGUCUCUCUCUGCCCCCAUUUAUUUUUUUCCUUAGACCAGGUACAGAUUAUAUUACAGCAGCUAUGAUUCGGCUAUUUAAAGUAAAGGAAAAGCAGAGAGAACAGGCUGAAAACGCCAAUGGAGGGGCGCCUAUCAAAAAGCAAACUGCUGGAGAAUUGCGUCUUCAUAAGGAUAUUUCUGAGCUAAACCUGCCUAAAUCUUGUGCCAUAACCUUCCCCAAUGGCAAGGACGACCUGAUGAGUUUUGAGGUUUCAAUCCGACCAGACGAAGGAUAUUAUUUGGGUGGCACAUUCUUGUUCUCUUUCCAAGUUUCUCCCAUAUAUCCACAUGAGGCACCAAAGGUUAAGUGCAAGACCAAGGUUUAUCAUCCCAACAUCGACUUGGAAGGAAAUGUCUGCCUUAACAUCUUGCGAGAAGACUGGAAACCUGUCCUCAACAUAAAUACUAUUAUCUAUGGAUUAUAUCAUCUUUUCACGGAACCAAAUUAUGAGGAUCCUCUUAAUCAUGAUGCUGCUGCAGUGUUGAGAGAUAACCCAAAAAUGUUCGAGUCUAAUGUAAGAAGAGCUAUGGCUGGAGGAUAUGUGGGGCAAACCUUUUUUCCGCGGUGUGUUUAGCUUUUGUUGUUUGGUGGCACAAAGUGCCAAUUCACUCAUAUCCAUGGUUGAAAGCCUGUGAUUGUAAAAUUUAUCUGCGAUUUACAUUCUGUCAUCUUUUUCAAUUUUCUGAGUGGAGCUGGGGGCAUUAGUUCCUAUAAGUGCAACUAAAAACAAGAACGUAAUUUGUAUGUUACUACAACUCGUCUGAUGUGAUUUGUAUGUUGACUUGGUAUAUUAUUUUGAACAAGCAUAGGCUAGACUCUGUUCAUGGUUUAGAGAGAAUCACCCUUUACCUUUGCGUGCACAUUUGUGCUUAUUGCCUUUUUAUAUACCUUUUUUUAAUAUUUGAUA